AUGGCUAUAAAACGAAAACAUCGACUAUCCUCCACGUUGGCAACUGGCGGAGAGGAAGAAUUUUGGGACUGCACGGUGUGCACUUACAAGAACUCUGCUGAGGCUUUUCGUUGUGAAAUGUGCCAGACUCGCAAAGGCACUUCGACCCGCAAACCAAAGUUGAAUAGACAGAUUGUGGAGGAGCAAAAUCUCAUUGCCCGGACCAUCAUCAAGGAACGCCUAGAAGAGAGUGGUGCAAAAACCGCCGGCACGGAAUCCACCACGCAUCACCGUCGAAAGUACCAUCGACAUCUAAAUUCUAAUAGCAGCGCAUCGGCCUCUGCCUCAGCGUUAAAACGUGUUGCAUUAUUGCGCCCCGGAUCUCUUCGCAAUGUCGAUCGUUCAUGUCCGCAGCACUUUGAGGUAUUCGCAAAUGGAUUCAGCGUGGUUAUCACGGAGUAUUAUCCCAAAGUAUCCUCCCCUGCUACAACCCCGGGUGGUAGCAAACAGGUGUCUUCAUUGUCCAACAGCCCCGUUCUUUCUACUCCUGCGUUGUUUGCAGGUUCUGCAACCAUUCCACUAGGAACGGGUGCAACAAAAGUAGAAAACACUUCCAAUUCCGAACCUCCAACUACCAACCAUCUCCCAUCGUCGCCAUCCUCUGCAGGUGUUACUAGUGGUGACCAUCCCACCUCAACUCCAUUGGACGAUCCAAUUGCUAUAACCAAGGAGGAGGAAGGGGAAGAAGAAGGGAAGGCAAAAGUCCACUUGGGCUUUAAAGAGCCCCACCCUGCUGAAGAGGAUCUUGACGACACAAGCCGCACAUCUCCCUCAGUCGCACCGAAAUCUGAGGCGACUGAAACUCCGGUGGAGAGUUUGUUCAACGCAAUGACCGUGUCUGGUCGAAGGAAGCGACGCAAACGUCGGCUGCAGAGUGAUACCUCCAUCAAUAAAUCGUCCCGAUCUCUGCGUAGCAGUGCUGGCUCCUCCGCCGUGGCAUCGCGCAGCAGACGGGUCAGUCGGAUAGCUCGCGCUUCUCUCUACCGUGUCGCAAGCGCCCCUCGUUCCUACAAGCGUCGAAAGAUCGCCACGCCAUCCACUGCUGCUUCCGUGGAGCCUACUUCCUCUUUGGACCUGACCUCUCCCAUGAACGUGGAGUCUACCGCCCCCAUGACUGACAGUUGCGGUGCAGUGGCACUGGAGAUGUCUGCAGCCAGUGCGUCUACCUAG